AGUCGGAAGUAACACAGCAGUUUGUUCCACCGAAUUAUUGAUAUUUCCUUGUCGUUUUAACACUGUGCCUCUAGCUGUCCUGCUCUUAUAAUACCUGCAGACAUGUUCUGUUUGAUAAACGUCACUACUGGACGGUAAAACGCCAGAAUCUUUGCUCUGGCUUCGAACGAAUGCUUCCAAGAGGUUUCAUGUUGUUUUUGAAGGGUAGUGUCUGGAGUGGGUUUUGACUUGAACAACCUUGAUCAAUACACGGAAAGAGAAGGAACAAGGCUUCAAGAAGCAUUUUUGGAGUUAAAAGACAAUGUCGAUCGUUCGUAGCGGUCAAGUGAUAAAGCUUGCCAUCGAGAAGGAGGGUCAACUGCCAUUACUCACAACAUUUGACCAGAAUCGACCAUUAGAUGAAAUUGUCAGAGAAGUAUGCUCAAAUUGGUCUUUACCAAUUCCAGAGCAGUAUGCUUUCCAGUACUCUGACUACAACUGCUACAUAACUGAAGAAAACCGAAGUGCAAUAAAGAAUGGGGCGGUACUGAAGCUUACACUCUCACCAGCCAAACUCGCACAGGAAAUAUUUGAGCGUCUACAAUCUUCCAAUCCUGAUGAAAAAAGGAAUUCCUUGUCAGCUUUAUCCACUAUAUCAGAGGAUCAAACUUUUGCCAGUGAGUUUAUCAAAAGGAAUGGUCUGGGGCUUCUUAUUAACAUGGUAGAGAACAAACCAGAGAGUAACGAAUCUCUAGCCCACUGCCUCAAUUCUUUUCAUGAACUUAUGGAUCAUGGUGAAGUAUCAUGGGAUAUCCUCACACAUGGUUUUAUUAAAAAUGUAAUUAUUACCUAUUACUUCUUAAAUCCUAACCUUACAAUUUUCACAGAGUUUUAGUUGUGAGUUAUUUUAAGUAACAGGAAGACAUGUAUGAACACAACACANUUUUUUUUGUCCAUCAGCUCAACGUUUUAUCCAAUUGUAGAAAAAGGAGUAAUUUUUGAGAAUCUUGUCCUUCAUCUUAAAAACGCUAAUCAAGACAUUCAACUGUAUGCCAUUGCCCUUAUCAACAGCCUUUUCAUGCGAACAACAAAUAAAAGACAAUUUGCAGAUACUCUUUCAAGAAAAGGAGUAAGGACGUACAUUAUGAAUGAUAUAAUCCGUGACUCGAAAGUCAUGAAAAACGAAAUGGAACACCAGCUCUACGUAUAUCAAUCUCUCAUUUUCCGCAGUCUGCUUGUAGACUUUAUCUUCACAAAAGGCAAUGCUCAAAAUCAGAACCUUUUUGAAAGUCUCGAUACUUUGCGGCGUGUGGCGUUUGAAUUAGAUAACGUGGGGCCUAGUUCAAGACCUCUCUCACAAGCCGGGGAUCAGUACAGAGAUUUAAAGAGACUCGGUUUUGUGGACGUUGAUUCGCCAGCAAAUGACUUCAGUGAAGUUCCACCAGGCCUUCUUCCUUUGCACACGAUGGUUUACUUUGCGCGGAAACAUGAGGACCAGUAUCGCAGGGUAAUUCUCGAAAAUCUUGGUCGAGGUGAUGACUAUGAGUGCCCGUUUGCUCGUACCAGUAUUGCUCUUACCAAAAUGCUGUGAGAAGUACUGGAAAUCAGUGGAGAAGCGCCUUCCGAUUCCGGGAAAGACUUCUACCCGAUUUUCUUCACCAUGGACUUUGCAUUUGAAGAAUUCUUUUGCAUUUGUAUUCAACUUUUGAACAAGACGUGGAAAGAAAUGAGAGCCACCUCAGGAGACUUCAGUCGUGUCAUGCAAGUGGUUAAAGAUCAGAUUUGCAGAGCGCUUAAAGAUAAACAUCUAUCCAUGGAAUUGUUUAAGGUGAGUCAAGUCAAAUAUUACUAUAAAAAUGACAGUAGGUUGGAUCAGCUUAUUCAAGGAGCUCAAUUUGACAAAGCCCCAGGUCGGGCACGAGGGAGAGAUAGGUACUGGUAUUGUAGAUUGUCACCAAAUUUAAAAUUUCUCCAUUACGGCGACUGUCAAGAGGGCCAGACGCCUUCGCUAGAAAAUCUUCCUAACAAAUUACCAAUCGCCAAAAUCAACAACCUGCUGGUUGGAAAGGAUUGUCCUCAUAGCAAGGAUCGGAAAAUCGGCAAAGGAUAUGUAUCAUUAUGUUUUUCUCUUAUGUACGAGAGCGAGGCAGAUGAGAAGCAUCUCGACUUCAUUGCAGGAAACCCGGCAAUGUUUGCCAUUUGGACAGACGGUUUAGCAACGCUACUCAACAAAGAGAUGCCGUCUUCGGAGUCCCACGAAGAACUAGAAACCCUUCUUAAUAUGGAAAUGAAACUCAGAUUGUUAGACUUGGAGAAUAUAACCAUCCCUGAGACCCCACCACAAGUACCUGCUGAACCUCCGAACUUUAACUUCGUCUAUGACUUUAGUUAGCUCAGCAGUCACUGAAGAGGUGUCCUUUUCUGGUUCAGGUUCGAAAUGAUGAACUCUAGAUGACCCAAGGAAAGGUCAAUUAGGUGGUUUCUUGUCUCGAGGGCAAUUCUAAAGUCUUUCACGGUGCGUUAACUGAGUUGAGCUUUCAAAACUCUGAGCAAGACCAACUACCCGUUGAUAAGCGCGGGAAAUGCCAGCCAAUUCCAGGCACCGUCUUUGUUCUGAUUAGUUGCCGGGCGCACGGACGCAUCAGCGCAGGCGUAUGCUUACGUUUCGCGCGAGAUUUGAACUAAAUGAAUGACUUGCCCGCGCCGUCAAACCCCAAAAGAUCGUUUAUAUCAACAGUUGACCGAUUUACUUUCGUGAUGUUCCACAUAUACACUUUCGAAAAUUUCCGAGGUUGAACCUGAGAAAAACACCCUCUAAUUAAAUAGUCAUAUUACAAAUUUGUAGUGAGAAAAUGAAUAAUUAGUUUAAAAUGUGUUUUAAUAGUUAGGUAUUUUGAUACAUUCUUUGCAUCAUAUUAAAACGUUUUUUUUUUUAGAAUAUUUUACGGCUUUUUUUACUUAUUUGGUGAAAAUAUGUCUAGAGUGAGUUAAAAGGAGAAUCUGGCAUUAUCAGGUAGUGAGAUUUAGGAUGAGCAAUGAUUUAUUUUGAAGUUAAACUCCUUUAAGCGCGAACCUUCUCUUUGUGAUACGAGAAAAGCCAAAUGGGUUUCUCUCUUGUUCUCAUCUCUGCGUUAUGAAAUUCGCAUUGUAUUAAGACGUAUUUCUAUGAACCUCCUUAAACAGUCUUUAUGCUUUCGACUUAUGCUGGCUCGCCUUAAGCCGGAGAAAUUUGAAAACGCAGCUUUAUUUCUACGGUUAGGCCUUCCGCCCACACUAAUCCGGACUGAAAA